AAGACAUCCAACGUAGUUUAUCUACGGCUUUAUGUUAUUUGAGCACUUAGUGUUUCGGUCAUUUCCCUUAAGUUUUUUUCUUUCCCUUCUUGUAGCAGUCUCCGCCCGACCGACCACCGCUGGACCGAAGGUGCGGUGACGUGACUGACGCCACUCCUGCAUUUCCGUCACCGACAGGAGCCUCCCACACCCAGCCGUCUUCUCCAUCUUUCUCGUCGCCGUGGAUUUGCUCUGGUACACCCUCGUCCCACACAUAGGUGCUUACACACACGAGCUGCCUGAGCGCAUCUCAAUCGACGUCGCGUUAGUGGGAUCUUGUAGGUCGGCGAGAGCGGCAUCAUUUUGGGCAUAGAGAGAUCUAGAGAACGGCGCGACCACAGUCUGCAUGUCCUUGGGCCGGCAUGGCGCCCUUUGCUACGGCCUUUGACGCCUCAUUGGCUUCGCCUGCUGUGGUGACGGACGGACACGCCCACCCACCAUCGGACAAACCACCUUCAAUAUCCACUGCCAAGGCCUUCUCGGCAUCCUCGAUGGUACCAGGCUCCUCUUCGUCUUUGUCAUCGUCGUCUUCGUCGUCUCCUCCCCCCGCCCUCGCGUCUACACCCUCUGCCGCGACAACAAGCGCCGCGUCCCUCAAUCCGCCGAUGUCCAGCUCAAGCUCCGACAUGCCCAGCGGAGAAGGGGAUCGAACCACGUCGAUGCGUCCGCCGCCGGGGUCUUCCUCUCGCUUCUCUUUCGCAAAGAGGCAGCCGCCACCGCAGCUCAGGGCAGAGGACAUGGCACGCAACGUAAGCGCGCCAGACUACUUUGGAGGUGGUACCCAGCAGUCCCGUCCGCAAAAUGACGCCCAUCCAUGGGACAAGCUUUUCUCCGGAGUGGGCGCAGGCGGCAGCGGCAUGCAAACGCCAAUGGGCCCGCCUUCGACUUCGAUAAUGGCAUCCACCUCAUCCUCGAAUCCUAGUGCUAAUAAUUCCGAGCCUUGGAAAGGUAGAGAUUCCAGAACAUCGCAGCGGACAAGCAACCAAACGGACGGAAGCGACUAUAUGCUCAAGCCGCCAACGGCCAUGGCGCGGGCACUGUCAGGCGGCAGCAGCAACUCCACUUCCACCCAGGGAUCGGCUGCAACCCUGAUGACGGCGGCGGACAUGGAGAAGUUCCGCCCAAUCGAGCCUCUCUCGCUGGCAGAGGUCCUCGUCAGCGACUACAAGGCAAGCGAGGGCACCCCUCUGUCGGUCUCGACAACGACGCUCAUCAUCGACAUUCGUCCCUCUACUUCCUUUUCGCUGGCCCGUAUCAAAGGCAGUAUCAACCUCUGUGCACCGAGCACGUUGCUCAAACGGUCUGGUGUCACUGUCGAUCGAAUCGAAGAAGAGAUGUUGAGCAGCGAAGAGGACCAGAAGCGCUUUAGCGCAUGGCGGAGGGGGCCGCGGAAGGAGGGAGGUAGCGCUAAUGGAAGCGAAAGAAGUAGUGGUAGCAACGGCGGCGGUGGCGGCGGCGGUGGCAUCCACAUGGCAGACGGCGAGGAUGGAGCAGCGUCCGUAACCAGAAUCGUCGUGUUGGACACCGACACGCGCAACGUCGGCGAUGCAGGCAAACCAGCGGCUGGUGGCGGUGGGCCUUGUCUCACUGGCCUCUUGCGCAAAUUCGACCUGGCAGGUUUUGCGGGCGAGCUCUGCUGGCUCGUCGGUGGCUUCAACUUUUUCGUCAGCAAGAUGAGCCAGCAGAGAAGUGGUGGCUUGGGGCUGGACGACCUGGUGGAUCGGAGCUCGAUCAAGGAUGCAACGCCGGCGCCGGCAUCCAAUGCUGGCGAGAAGAAGACAGCAGCGAUGAGACUCACCCGAGAGCCGAGUCUGCGGAGGUCGAGCAUGCCCCACCCUCAGCCGGAUCGAAGCGAGGCAAGAGCAGUCGUCAAGAAAAAGGGGUCCUUGGUCCAGCCCCGUGGCUUGCCAAUGGAAGCCUUCAUGUCCUGCAGCACCGUCACUGGCCGAGACGGUGACGAAAGUCAGGCGGACGGUGGCCACGGCUUGCGACAGAUGCACACGAGCGCUACCGAGCCGACGAUGGAUGUGUUUGCUGCGCAGGGCCGUGCAGGCCAGACAACAGGAGCUGCUUGUGCAAAUCCCUUCUUCGACAAUAUCCGCCAAAAUAGAGAACUGCAACAUGGCGUGACCGAGAAGAUACCUAUGAAACUUCCACCAUUGUCGCAAGAGCAGCAACGUUUGCUCCCUGGCUUUCUUCGACGGCUCGUCGAGCUCGGAGACGAGGAGCGAGCAGAUGAGCUUGCCCACGCCUUUUAUGAGAUUGAAAGGGCCGAGCAGGCGCGUCUCAUUGCUACCAUGCAGCAGCACGCCGCCGAGUCCAAGCUCAGCAAUUCGAGGCCCAAAGAGGAUUUUGCGCCUCCAAAGCAGUCCCCUUCCUCCUCCAAGGCCCUCCAGCUUUCGUCACCUUUUUGCAGCGUAGGAGCAGGUUUGCAGUGCAGCGGUAUCCAGUCAAAGGAAACGUUUCCCUUCAGCAUCGCUGCUGCCCUCGAGCGGGGUGCAGAAAAUCGUUACAACAACAUUUGGACAUAUGAGCACAGUCGGAUCCGCCUUGCCUCGUCAGUGGCUGCAGAGGGUAGCAACGGACUUGACUGCAGCGACUACCUCAAUGGCUCAUAUCUCGAGCCAGGUCGCGAAUUCGGGUGCAAGAGGCGAUACAUUGCCACACAAGCACCCCUACCGUGCACGUUCGAGACAUUCUGGACCGUCGUCUGGGAGCAAAACGUGCGUGUCAUCGCCAUGGUGACGAGGGAACAUGAGAGUGGCCGGCUGCAGUCGCACAACUACUGGUCCGACGUCAGCUUCAGCGGUGGCCUUGCUCUCAAGCUCGUCGAGGAGGUCACUCUUGAUGCACACGGUCAGCCAGUCAGUGCCGAUGAUGUUGGCAAGCUGGAUGACGGUGGUGGCAACUUGUUCCCUUCGAUGUCUGGUGGGCCCUCCGAGGACGGCAGACGCAAACCAGCCAUGAUCAAGCGCAUGCUCCAGCUCACCAACAGGGCAGCUUCGAGCCAGGACGCUCCACGCACGAUCCUUCACCUCCAGUUCAUCGACUGGCCCGACUAUUCGGUCCCGGAUUCUUGCGACAGCCUGCUAAACUACAUGGAUCUUGCCGCCCGUGGGCAGCACGAGGCAGACACGCAGCUGCGACAGGAGGGUAAGGCGUCAAAUGGAUCCAGCUCAUCUGCUGGCGUCGGGCCCCUAGUUGUUCACUGCUCAGCUGGCGUUGGGCGGACAGGGACGUACGUCGUCAUUGAUUCGGUCCUCGAUAUUCUGAGAAAGAACCGUUUUGCUGCACUCCGAAGCGGCGACGUUACAGAGCUGGGCGUUUGGGAAGAUGGCUCAGCUGCUUGUGCCAGCACUGCGCGAGGAAGACCCACGACAGCGAAUUCCGCGUCGAUGUGGCGGCAACCACCGAAACUCGAUGGCAACAGCUCCACCUUCGGUACGGCAGACUAUUUUGGAGGCCUUAUGAGCACUGGUAGUGAAGACAAUACUCGCACGCCAAGGAGGAGCCUCAAGCGUGAGCUGAGCCCUUCGGCCAUGGACAUUGAUUCAUCAGACUCGACGGAUUCGACGAUGGAGCGUGAUGUGCGGUCCCCGCCGCCUUUGCAACGGACAAGAUCAGACGACAUCGAUGAGGAGGUGGACAGCGACGCUCGCUCGCUGACGACAGCCGCAAAUGGGAGAAAGGACGCCAGUGUGGCGGCCCUCUUUGCUGCCAACCACCAGGAGGAACGAAGCCGUCGGAGCAGCGCAGGCAGCGGCGUUGAGACGCCCAGCCGGGCCAUGGGCUCCAUGAAGAUUACGUGGGACUCCAACACGUCAACGCCGAUCAAGGGUGUGUUACCCAUCAGUGGCUCGAAGGGCCAGCAAGCAGGAGCAGGAGCGACAGCAGAGCCUUCACCUUUCUUCAGCAGCUUGGGCGCACCAGCAGUGGCGCUCAACGCAACGUCGAAGUCUGGCCCGCCACAACAGGCGUCGGAUGCCGUGGACCUCGUCAGGAAAGCCGUCGAGACGAUCCGAGAGCAGCGGAUGAGCACCGUGCAGACGACACGGCAGUACGUCUUUGCGUACAGCGCCGUACUGCAGGGCCUUCUGAGGGACACCCGUUGAGAAACUGCCCCAGUAAUUCUUUUCCCUUUUUCCCACACCAACUUCCUUUUCCCCGACCCCGGUUCAUUCUCCCCACUCGCACAUCCAAAGUCUUUGUCGCACCGGUUUCAUCCCACAUACACUCGCACUCUCACAUUACACUGUAGCCUCUAAAUCGUAUGCCACUUGUUGUCCGCAAAAAGGAG